AUAAAGAGCUAACUGAGCCUGUGUUACUCUUUGAAAACAUUUUCUCGCCGCAGAUUUUCAGCAACCAAACGGCGAACUUUCACUUUUUUCUUACCUCAUGUACUGAUUUUUGGGUUAGGGUUUGGAAUUUGAUUCUCUUCUCACUUAAAUUUAAAAACUUUCAUCUUGUAUUUGUAUCGUAUUUAUUCUGAUACUGUUGUAGUUGGUUUGAUUACAGCUUCCACUUUCUCUGCUUAAAAACAGUGCAAGGCCACCUUAUAGUAAAACAGGAUGACAGGUGCAGUAAAAAGCUUGUAACUUGCUGCAGAGUUGAGGUGGCUGGAAAUUAUUGUGGACUGUUUAUUAAUGUAAAAUUGUUCCAAAUCCCAAUUAUAAGAUUUUUCCCUUGGAAUUUCUCCAGAAAACAAAGGCUAAUACAGUCUGUAUAGUGAUACUUUGAAGCUUAAUCCACACUCCCAUGGUACCAAUAAAUCAACAAGUUAUGACUACUGCAACAAUUUUCAGUAUAAAAACAUGGUUUUCUUUUAUUGCUGGAAGAAUAAUAGAAAAACUGAAAUCAUAAUAUGAAACAAAAUAUUUGUCUUUUAUGUUUAUCCAUAACAGUUAUGUUCUGACCUCACGGGUCUUUUCCAAAAAAUAAAAUAGGAGAGGGGCAGUAUACACAUAACACACAGAUGCUAGCAUUCCCCCACUCGAAAUUACUACGCUAUGGGUUGUUUGUUAUUUUGAUAUAUUUAUUGAGGAUAUGAUAUAUUUUAUAUUUCAAUGAUUCAUUCAAUCCUCUAGAGGGGUAAUUGCAAAUUGACAAAUAUCCAUGCAAUCAGUCAGUCAGUCAUCACUAUCUGAGAGUGGACUCUGAGUUUAGUUAUAUAAUAUAUUUUACAAGUAGCUUAGCUUAGCUUUUAGCUGAACUGAAUAGCUCACCCUUAUCAUCAAAGCUCAAACACCGUUGACGUCACAAAAUGGCCGAAAUCAAAGCCGAUACGACCACUCACCACCAACAUCUCAACGUGUCGGAACCCGAUAUUUCGGACCACAAGCCUUCCAAGCCGAAACGUGUCGCUUCCCUCGACAUCUUUCGUGGCCUCACUGUUUCGCUGAUGAUUUUGGUUGACGAUGCUGGUGGAGAGUGGCCUGUGAUUGGGCAUGCGCCAUGGAAUGGCUGCAACCUUGCUGACUUUGUAAUGCCAUUCUUCUUGUUCAUUGUGGGCAUGGCCAUUGCACUUUCUCUCAAGAGAAUACCAGACCAACUUUUAGCUGUCAAGAGGGUGAUUCUUAGAACUCUCAAGCUUCUGUUCUGGGGUCUCCUAUUACAAGGAGGUUUCUCACAUGAUCCUGACAAAUUAACAUAUGGUGUUGACAUGAAAGAAAUAAGAUGGUGUGGGAUUCUCCAGAGAAUUGCUCUUGCAUAUCUGGUAGUGGCUUUGAUAGAAAUUUUCUCCAGAGGUGCACAAACCAAAAAUAUGGCACCCAGCAGGUUCUCCAUAUUCAAAUUAUACUAUUGGCAUUGGCUGGUGGCAGCAUGUGUUCUCACUAUUUACUUUGCUGUAAUUUAUGGGACAUAUGUUCCUGAUUGGCAAUUUACUGUCCUUGACAGAGAGCGUUUUGAUUAUGGGAAAAGUUUCACUGUAACUUGUGGCUUGAGAGGAAAACUAGAUCCUCCUUGUAAUGCAGUAGGAUAUAUUGAUAGAGAAGUGUUGGGAAUCAAUCACAUGUAUCCGCGUCCAGCUUGGAAAAGAUCUAAAGCUUGCACUGAGAAUUCCCCAUAUGCAGGACCAUUUCGACAUGACGCUCCAUCAUGGUGCCAUGCUCCUUUUGAACCUGAAGGAAUUGUAAGCUCUAUAUCUGCAAUUCUCUCCACAAUCAUUGGAGUACAUUUUGGUCAUGUGCUUAUACAAAUGAAGGGUCAUCCAGCCAGACUGAAGCAUUGGAUCCCAGCGGGCUGUGCUCUCCUCGUCUUAGGAAUCAUUCUUCAUUUCACUCACGCAAUUCCUUCAAACAAACAGCUAUAUACAUUUAGCUAUGUAUGUAUAACAUCUGGAGCAGCAGCUUUGGUGUUUUCAGCCUUCUACAUUCUGGUUGAUAUCUGGGGUAUAAAAUACCUGUUCCUGCCACUGGAAUGGAUCGGCAUGAACGCUAUGCUUGUGUAUGUUAUGGCAGCUGAAGGCAUCUUUGCAGGAUUCAUUAACAGGUGGUAUUACGAGGACCCCCAUAACACGCUAUUUGAAUUGACUUGUGGCAUGGGCAGAUAUAUUGGAUUCAAAAGCACAUUUUCGUGGGGGUUUGGCAUUCGAGGAGAGUAGGCAUUCUGCUCUACGUCCUUUUUGCAGAGAUCUUAUUUUGGGGCAUUGUUGCAGGCAUUUUGCAUCGGCUGGGCAUAUAUUGGAAACUCUAAAUUCUAAUCCUAUUGUUAGUACCUCUAUAGUUUCUGCCCAGCUGAACCUUGAACUCCUUAUGUAUGGCUUCCUUAGGUUGAAUCAUUACCGUGACAUUAUCUUGUACAUAUGACAUAUCGUUGGAUAGUACUGCUCAUUGUCAUUGAAAUUUUCUUGUAUAAAUGUGUAUUGGUACCUAUUUUUCA